AUGGAUCCCAAGAGCAUGCCAUCCACGGAACCUCCUAAAGGGCAUGAGCUGUUCGACAUCUCGGAGAAGAGAGAAGCGGAAGCGACCGUCACCGAUACUCAACACGACACCGGAGUUAGUCGUGUUGAGGCCUUUAACAAGGUGCUGUACCGGUCUGGCAAGAAAGGCAAGGUCCUGCUGUGGCUACUCGGCAUUUCCAUCUUCCUCACCAUGUUUGUCUAUGCACUGGACCAAGGCAUCACGUCUACCAUAUUCAGCACGCUGGCGGCGUCGACCUUUGGGGUUCAUAGUCAAAUUGGAACUGUGAGCACUGCUAGCCAGAUCAUUCGCGCAAUCAGCAAGCCAUUCAUUGGCAAGAUCGCCGACAUCACCUCGCGGCCUACGACGUACGUCAUCAUCCUCGUCUUCUACGUCGUGGGCUUUGUUGUCGCUGCCAGUGCCAGCACCUUUGCAUCGUACACUGUCGGCGUUUGCUUCACCUCCAUUGGCAAGUCUGGCCUCGACUUACUUAGCGACAUCAUUGUCGCCGACCUGACACCAUUGGAAUGGCGUGGCUUCUUCAGCGCAUGUUUAUCACUCCCCUUCAUUGUCACCGUACCUGUUAAUGGAUUUAUUAGCAGUGGCUUCUACGGAAACUGGCGCUGGGGCUUAGGCAUGUUUGCCAUUAUGGUGCCCGUGCUUCUCAUACCUGCUAUCCUGACACUCUACACGAUCCAGCGUCGUGGGAAGAAGGCCGGCAUGGUCACAAUGGCUGAUUCGAAGGAUGUUCGCACAGGCCGUACCGAGGCAUCCACUGGCAGCAUCGCAUAUUGGGCCCAUUUGGCGUACCGAGGACUUAUCGACAUUGAUAUCUUUGGCCUUUUGCUUCUUGGCUUUGCCUUUUCUCUCAUCCUCUUGCCUAUCACACUGGCUGGUGAUGCUAAGAACGGGUGGCGCAAUCCGAGCAUGAUUGCCAUGAUCGUGGUUGGCUUCGUCUUCCUCAUCUUGUUCGCGCUCUUCGAGUACUUCGUGGCCCGCAAGCCAUUGAUGACUCGCAACAUAUUGAACAACCGCGCUUUCAUCGCCGGCGUCAUCAUCCACACCUUCAAUCAGCUUGCGUCGGCCGUCCGCAACACCUACUUCUCGUCAUACAUUCUCAUCAUCAAACAGUGGACGACGUACCAGUGGACCAUUUUCCUCGGCAUCACAACUAUGGGUCUCUGUAUUGUCGGCCCCUGCGUGGGUCUAAUCCACCGUACCACGCACCGAUACAAAACUGUUAUGGUGCUCGGUGCUGCAGCUAAGGUCCUCGGCUACGGUCUGCUGAUCCAGGGCAACGGCAAUAUGACGCAGGACACGGUACGCCUGGUUGCGGCGCAGCUCAUCUUCUGCCUUUCAUCCCUCAACGUUGUUGGUGCCCGUAUAUCGCAUCACUGA